AUGGGCGGCUUUACUGUGAAGUUUGACGACGCCACUGCUCCCGCACCUCUCCAAGACGAAGGCAACCGUGAUACGGAUGAUCCAGGGAUGUAUUCUUAUCCAAAUCAGCACCCGCAAAACCAAGUCACUCACAGGAGAGACCGCGCAUCAUCCAUACCUUCGCGUCUUUCGCGCUGGAUAGGCCCGAUUGACUGGAAAGAAGAUGAAAUCAACUCGAGUUCAGCAGAAACGGCCCUCCUUGAGUCUUCGAUAGCAUCUUACGAUCCUGGUUAUCGCGACAGUGUUAAAUCCCUCAAAGCUGACAUCUGGGUGCUGGAUGGCAAGCAACUAUAUCAAGCGUGGGAGUACGGCAUCAGAAGCUUCCCGCAGUCACAGAGGGCGAUAUAUCCGACAGAAACAAAGGCGACAUUGUUGUAA